AUGUUGGCUAACGGCUAUGAAGUUCUAGUUUACGCAAGGUUGGGCACGAACGCCUCCCUGGUGGCCAAGUUCAUCCCCGUGGGCUUCUCCCACCUGGCCCACCUGCAGGGCUGGCUCUUCUUCCUCUUCCUGGGCAUCUACCUGCUGACCGUGGCCAACGACCUAUUCAUAGUAGUCGUGGUGUCGGCCGACGACCUGCAGUCCCCCAGGUACUGCUUCCUGCGCGUGCUGUCAGCCCUGGAGAUUAGCACCACAUCGGUCACCCUGCCCCUGCUGCCCCACCGCCUCCUCACAGGCCAGUGCCACGUGCCCCACAUGGGCUACAGUCUCCACAUGUUCUUCUUCCUCUUCCUCAGGGCCACGGAGUGCUGUCUCCUGGUGGCCGCAGCCUAUGACUGCUACACAGCCAUCUGCAAACCCCUUGGCUACCCACUCCUGCUGAGCCACAGGGUGUGCCUCCAGCUGACAGGGGCCGCGUGGGCCUGUGGAGUGAUGCUGGGCCUGAGCCACACCUUCAUCUUCUCCCUGCCCUUCUGCAGCCCCGACUCCAGCCUACACUUCCGGGUUCUUCUUGCCCUGUUUGCCAGCAAGAGGGCAGACAAGCCUGGUUCACCAGAAGAAAGGGAACAAGAGGAUGAAGGGACCUUUAGUGACCCACAUCUACCUUCCUCCAAUGCCUCGGCGCUAAGAGAGCAAAUGAUCGCGGCUCCCAGGAUGCAGUGUGCUCUACACCUGGCCUGUCUGGUCCACGCUCAUCAUGUGCUCCAGCUGUGUGGAGGCAGCCAGCACGGGACCCAGAAAGCCUCGGCCAAGGCAUCUUGUCUCACCCAGGACCGUCAGCUCCUUGUCUGCUAG